AUGAAGGAGAUGGAGAGCGGCGGAGCCACUGACAGACUCUCCAAGAGUUAGCAGUGCGUUAACGGCGGUAGAGUAUGAAGGGAUGUGAGCUGAACUUGUGGUAGAAUGGCACCUUAUCUCACAUGGAUCUCUGAGGGAUGGCAGCUUUUCACCACCACCACCAUCCGAGCGCGGACCUGCGGCGGCUCUUCCACCGGCUCACCAUCGCCUCCUCUCUGAGCAUCCUUUGCUUCUCCUUGGUCUAUCUCCUCACCGGAUGCUGCGAGUCGGAGCUGAUAGAAAACUCUGAGAUUAAGCCCCCGACGCGCGAGCUCCUGGUGUCAGGGUCAGGAUGGCCACACGAGAGAAACGGAACCAGCCUUGCCAAGGAGGUUACCACCUCGGUCGGCGAGGGCGCGUUCAGCGGUCAUCCCGGGCUGGAUGCGAACAGCUCGGGGAAAGAAUGGACAGCCACUCGGAGGUUACCCCAGGCGCUGAUCAUAGGGGUUAAAAAGGGAGGCACCAGAGCUCUGCUGGAGUUUCUGCGGCUACACCCGGACAUCCGCGCCCUCGGAUCGGAGCCGCACUUCUUCGAUCGGCAUUACGCACGAGGACUGGACUGGUACAGGAGUAUGAUGCCCAAAGCCCUGGAAGGCCAGAUUGUUAUGGAGAAGACGCCUCGUUACUUCGUUACUGUGGAAACGCCAGCACGGGUCCAUUCCAUGUCGCAGGAUGUGAAGCUGAUUGUGGUCGUCCGUGACCCCGUGACCAGAGCCAUAUCUGACUACACACAGAUCAUCUCCAAGACCCCCGACAUCCCUCCCUUUGAGAGCCUCGCCUUCAAGAACCGCACCACAGGUCAGAUUGACUCUCUGUGGAGCCCGCUGUGGAUUGGCCUGUAUGCCCAGCACCUGGAGCGCUGGCUGGCCUGGUUCCCCAGGACUCAGAUCCAUCUGGUCAGCGGGGAGAGGCUCAUCUCUGACCCGGCCGGAGAACUGGGCAAAGUCCAGGACUUUCUGGGUCUCCAGAGGAUCGUCACGGACAAACACUUCUACUUCAACAAAACGAAAGGCUUCCCCUGCCUGAAGAAACCGGAGGGCAGCAGUAAACCUCACUGCCUCGGGAAGACGAAAGGGAGGACGCAUGCCUCCAUCAACCCAGAGGUGAUGCAGAAACUGAGGGACUUCUACAAGCCGCAUAACCAGCGUUUCUAUCAGAUGGCGGGCCAGGACUUUGGAUGGCAGUGACCCUUUGCCUGUGUUGAACCAGAUGCUUUUGUGAGCAUUACACUGCUUUGGGUCAAGUCUGUGCAAAUCUUCCAUCUGACUGAAACAGAUGCAAAGACUUGGAGUGCAAACGUUUCAGAGGACAGAGCCAAUUACCCGCUUCGGACCAGCAGAGGGACAUUUCAGAGACUUAAUUAUGAAAGGCCAGUGUCAAUAUAUUCACCCCUAUCAAUGGAUCAUCUUGUUCAAGUGUUUGAAAGACAGCUGUGUCAUUUCAUUUUCAUUUGGUAGGCUACUUAUUCCUACCCCAGGUGGUUAUAUAAAGCAUUUGUGUGCAAAGUUGGUCACUGUGGUUGCUAUACGUUAAGGCUGUAAAAAGUUGAUUGAUGAAAUACCCAGUGUAGCUUUUAGUGUCUCCGGUCUGCAUUUUAAUCCUGAUGCUCUAGUUGGUAGGCUAUAGUGGCACAAUGAACCCAGAACAGAUGAAUUUUCACAUUCCUGAAUUUCCAUAACUUUCUUUUUCUACCUGUUUGUUCUUCAGUCUCAGUGGUUAAGAAUUUAAGGGCAAUCAGUGCAUACAUAUUGAGUAUCGUCCUCCAAGCAUUGUUCCCGAAAAGAGGGGGAUGAAUCUUUUAUGUGGCAAGCAGCAGAGGGGUGAGGGAGAGAAUCUUUAUAUGAGCUCAGAUUUGACUGAGUGGUUUUGUAUUCUUGAAUAAUGAAUGUGGAUAAAUGGAUGUAGGGGAACUGGCGUGCAUCACUUGCCUCUUCGCCUGUUGGCACAUUAUAGGUUAGCAUCCAACUGCAAAACCACCCAACUGUACCUUGAGAGAUGUAAAGGGGCCACUGGAGGACAACCAAGACCAGGUCAAGUCAGCGAGAGAAGGUCGACCUAUCACUGGCCAUUUCUCUGAAUGUGAUGUAUGAAGCUUUCAGGCUGUACUGUGUUACUGUGAGAAAGCCUGCUAACAGGGUUGUCUGUUUUCAGUUUGCAUGUAUUUGCACUAGU